UCUCUUCCGGCUAACAUGACCCGAGACGACCAUAGUGGCCGACGCCUCGCGCGGGCAGAAGCCUUGGCUCGACACUACGGCCACAAAUUCGGAGUAUUCUACGUGGACGCCUCCGGCCCGCACCACGGGGGUUGGUACACGGCUGCGGUCGUCCACCAAAACACCGCUGUAAACGGACUCACCUUCCGUGCACAUAACAUUACGCACGUGGAGGAGAUCGCCAUCACACUAGCCGCCGCAGAUCAGGACUCAAGGGUCAUCAUCACCGACUCAAGGGGUGCCUGUCGCAAUAUAGAACAGGGAUACAUUCCGUACCUUGCCUAUAAAAUUUUGCAGAACAGCAGCUACCUAGGUGCCCCCGCGCACCGAACGAUCAUAUGGGCUCCGGCUCACACGGGCCUCGAUGGUAAUGAGACGGCCGAUGCCGCUGCCCGCGCGCUCACUCUCCGGGCACCAUCCUCGUCCCCUACCGAUCCGGACCUCGAACCCAAUCCCGCCUACACCUUUAAGGAGGUCACACAAUUUUAUCAAUCCGGCCAUAAUAUCUAUCCAAAACCCUGUAAAGGCCUCACGAAGGCGGAGGAGCGAAUCCUCCUUCGCCUUUAUACCAAAACUUUAUUGUGCCCGGCAAUUAUAAAACACUUUGACCCCGCUUGCACGGGGAAGUGCCCGCAUUGUGAGGAAAAUUCCUGUGACAUUUUCCACAUGGUGUGGGCAUGCCAAAAAACCCCAAACCUUAUUCCACUACCCAACCCUUCGCGGGAGGACUGGGAGGCAGCCCUGCUCGGCUGCUCUGACCUGACGGCCCAACGGGCCUUGGUCGAGCGGGCCCGGGCCGCGGCCAUCGCCAAUGGGCUCCCGUAAGAGGGAGCCCACCUAGUGUUUGUACGGGGCGGCCCCUUAAGGACCGCUCCCACCCUCCCUGUAAAUAACAUCUGUAAAUAAAUGUUUUCCAGCAGCAGCA